GGGGUCCCACGUGACUAAUCUGGCUCGGGACACAGUAGUGACUGGUGAUGUCCCUGGCCACAAAAGUAUUAUUUUUUACCUCAGAGGGGAUCGAACCCGGGCCAGAAGCCUAGGUGAAAUCCCUUAAGAAAAUGCACAUUCACCGCUUGUGUCAAACCUAUUUGAGUACAUUUCUAAAAUUAUAAGGGUAAAAAUGAGAAUGAAUAUAAAAAGUAUAGGCGCAAAUUCUACUCAAAUAUCAUUUUUAAAAACUACUACAAGCUAAUUGAGAUAUACUCAUUUACCAAACACAUUUAUUUUUUUCAAACAAAUUUAUAAUUUGGACGAAUAAGAUUUAAGAUAGUUGAAAUACAUUUAUUUCUAAGCUCACUCCUUUAUUUUAUUUUAUUUUUAUGGUCAAAGAAACUCAUUUAUUCAAAAGAUAAACUAGCUACAUCGGACAAUAGAGUGCCCACCAAACCGGGCGGACAAUCCUCGAUCCACUCAAAACAAGGAUAGGAAAGGGCCUUUAUUUUGAUCAAACAAACUUAUAAGGAAGUCAAAUAAGAUUUACGAAGAAAUACGAAUUAGCUUUACUAAAAUAAAUGACACGUAUUAGAUUUUUUUUUUUUGAGAUAGUUAAACAAAUUUUGAAGAUAAUCAAACUUAUAAUGUAGUCAAACAAGGUUUAAUUUUUCAUAAUUUUUUUACUAUAUAGCUUUAUAUUAUUAUUGAUUAAUAAGAUAAUAUAUUAAAUGGUAAUUAUUGAAAAUAAUUGCCAACAAAUUUUCCAUAAUUUCAUAGAAAGGUGCCAUUUUGGAGACUUAAGCAUUUUUAAAACAUCCAUAUCACACCCUUCAGACACUAGGCUUCUCUGCUUCUUCCUUCCAACACAGAAUUCAUAGCACCAACCAACCUUGUUCAAUUUCCGCACAAAGCAAUGGCUACAAGUUUCAAUCUCUCUGCUAUCUCGUCCCCAAUGAAAUCCCAGCAUUUCAAAAUGUUCAAUGGAUUGAACAGGAUAGAUUCAUCUGUGAUCAAUGUACGUGGAUCGGAUUGGGCGUUUCCUCAGCUGAACUCUAAAUUCCCCUUAAGUCAAAGUGCUGCUAGUAGAGUUAAAGCUGCAUUUGGUGCUGGAUCAAUUGGAACUACGUUACAAUCUGAUGCAAGAGCAUUUGCAACACUGGGAGCAGAAACGGGGCUAAGAAGCCAUGAAUUUUCUGAUGACCUUGAUGAAUUUGAUUUGGAAAUUCCAUCAGAAGGUUUUUCUUCCAUUGCGGACGCCAUCGAAGACAUUCGGAAUGGAAAGAUGGUGGUGGUAGUAGAUGACGAAAACAGGGAAAAUGAAGGGGACUUAAUAAUGGCAGCAGAGCUGGUAACACCUGAGGCUAUGGCUUUUUUUGUGAAGCAUGGAACUGGGAUAGUUUGUGUAAGCAUGAAAGAGGAAGAUUUGGAGAGAUUGGAUAUUCCUUUGAUGGUUUAUAAUCGGGAUAAUGAAGAACAGCACCGUACAGCAUUCACUGUGACAGUGGAUGCUAAGCACAGUACCACCACUGGGGUGUCAGCUCAUGAUAGGGCAACAACAAUUUUGGCCCUUGCUUCCAAAGAUUCAAAGCCAGAUGAUUUCAACCGCCCAGGUCAUAUUUGUCCACUAAAAUACAGGGAAGGUGGUGUGUUCACGAGAGCUGGCCAUACAGAAGCUUCAGUUGAUCUUGCCAUACUUGCUGGUGUGAAGCCUGUGGCAGUUCUGACUGAGAUUGUGGAUGAUGACGGUUCGAUGGCUAGAACCGCUAGGCUUCGCCAAUUUGCGGAGCGUGAAAAUUUGAAAAUUAUAUCUGUUGCUGACUUAAUAAGGUACAAGAGAAAGAGAGAUCAACUGAUCGAGCUUGUUGGUGCUGCACAAAUACCAACUACGUGGGGGACAUUCAAGGCCUACUGUUAUAAGUCACUUUUAGACGGGAUUGAGCAUGUUGCAAUGGUUAAGGGUGACAUUGGAGAUGGACAAGAUGUUCUUGUGAGGGUACAUUCAGAGUGUCUCACAGGAGACAUAUUUGGAUCCGCCAGAUGCGACUGCGGACCCCAGCUUGCUCUUGGAAUGCAGCAGAUUGAGGCUGCUGGUAGAGGUGUGAUGAUGUACCUUCGCGGGCACGAAGGAAGAGGCAUUGGGUUAGGCAACAAGCUUCGCGCUUAUGAGCUAAUAGAGGCUGGAAGGGACACUGUCGAAGCCAAUGAGGAGUUAGGUUUUCCUGCUGACUGUAGGGAGUAUGGAGCUGCUGCUCAGCUUCGGAAUCAAUAG